GAGCAUAGGCACAGACAGCAUCAUGCGCUUGAUAGAUAUUGUGAUCGUUGCCUUAGCAGUGGUGUCGGUUGAUCAUCGAUCGACAGCCAACGAGGAUGUUGGAAAUUUAUCCGAAAGUAAUUUGGACGUUCCAACAGCUGCAAUGAAAUUGGAUAAAAAUUUACGUCGAGCAUUAUUAAAGGCUUUAACGGAUUUAGAAGCGGAAUCAGUUGAACAAAGGAAAAACAACGAGGAGCCUAUCGCACAAGCUUACACGUCUAAUCAAUUCCAAGACAUUUCGAAAAAGGAUUUAAACAAGAAAAUUGGCAUCGUUCAAAAAUCAAGUUUUUCCUUCGAUGGAUUUCCCGGAGACGAAGAAAUACCCAGCGAGGAUAAGCUUCAAAAUUCGAGUUUCGUUCAAACUGACAAAUACGUAAUCAUGUCCAGUUCACCAUCUAUGACUAUAGAAAAAGCUACGAAAAACGAUGCUAGAAGUUUUCACGUUCAGAAUAUUAUUAUGUCUGAUAAGAAUCAAGCAUUGAAGGCUGGACCUAAGAUAGAACAAUUAGAAACAAAGAAAUCAAACGGUGAUUCUUAUGUUUCUUACGUUAACAAAGUAGAUAGUAUAACUUUGAAACCUUUGACUGAAUUAACAGAAGGUCUUACUGGUGUUGCUAGCAACGGUAUAGCAUUAGCAAAUUCAUUACCUUUACCAAAACCAACGGCAUCCAGUCCUACAGACUCUCCUAAAAUAAAUGACACUUUAAUGAAUGGUAGUAAAAUAAUAGAGAAAUCUGAAGAGGUUAAAAUAUUUCAAGCACCAUUGGUAGCAGCAUUUACUGUUCAACAAGAUGAAAGUGGUGCACCUAAAAGCGUUGUACCUAUCUUUAAACCAACGGGAGAUGGUCAGGCAUUGACUUUGCAAGAACAAUUGGAAUUUAAGCAAAGACUUUUGGAGAAACAAUUGGAAGAAUUGCAACAACAGCAACUUCAACAAACGCAGUUUCUUAUCAGACAACGUCAUCUUUAUGAACAACAAAUUAGGCAGAAGCAACAACAACAAUAUUAUCUUCAGGAACAAGCAAGAAUCAAGCAGAUUGAGGAACAAGCAAAAUUAAAACAAUUGGAAGAACAGAGAUUGAAGCAAUUCGAGGAACAACGAUUGAAACAGUUUGAGGACCCACGAAUCUUUCGGUUUCAACAACAAUCUCUACCAUUGCAACAACAACCUGUACCAUUACAACAACAAAAGUAUCGUUUCUUUGAACAGGCUACGAAUCUUUUAAAUAUUCCAACACCGGCAGAAUCCAACGUUCGUUUACAACCCAGUGUCUCGUUAGAAGUACCAAAUAUCAUCGUUCCACCUCCUUUCAAUUUUCAAGACCAACUAAGAUUUCAACAACAUCGUCAGCAGCAAUUACAACCGCAACAACAACAACAACAGCAGCAGCAACAACAACAGCAACAGCAACAACAAAGAUUACAUCAAAGUUUUGGACCCAUAACAGAUUUCCAACUACCUGUAGCAGCAUCAACUAGAUUUAACAGGCAAGAAGCUUUCAACUCUGUGGGUAAUUUUGGCUUUAACGAGAAACCUUUAGCCACUAGGAAUACAUUUACCUUUGGUGUACCACAAAGAAAUCCAAUUAAUUUCGUGUAUAAUCCUUACACUCACAAUCAGUAUAGACAAACAAGACCACAGCAAACACCAGCAAAACAAAUCCAACAUCUUCUUUAUCAAUCAGGUAUCGCUGGUGAAUUAGGUAAUGCUGAAGGUUCUGGUGGUCAAGAAGAUUUAAACAUCGUUUCUAAAGUUUUAGCAUUAAACGUGGGUGCCAUACCCAAUAAAAAUCUUCAUUUUACUACGAAUAACCGUGUUAAUAACGGAUUUGUCGCCAAAGUUCCCGCUAAUGCGUGAAAUAUAUGAUUAUAAUGAAGGAAGAUCCAGACGAGUCAUGUAAAUUACUACAAGACGAUAUUAAUUAUGUCGAGCUCUCUGUCACUAUCAUAUUACCUUCUUUUAUUUCUUUAUCUUUUCAUUAUACAUUUUUCCAUAUAGAUAUAUACAUAUAUAUUUCAACAAUAGGCAACUCACAAAUUUGUUACAAUAUAUAUGACGCUAGAAACGAUCUUCCGUUAGCUCAGGUUGUUCGUUAUUUUUCACGAAUGAACAUUAUUCCAUAACGAACAUAAUCGUAUUUAAUUAAUUACGAUUGCGAAUAUCGAAAAAGAAGAAAUAGUAAUGAGUUAUGCAAAACGUGUGCAAAACUGUAAUAUUUUACUCCUACAUUGCACACAAACAAAUUUUUGUAAAUAACAUGUUUGUUACUUAUACAUUUGCAUAAACGCAUAUCUAAUUCUUAUUUUAUUUUAUCUUUAUCUAUCGUUUCUAUUAGAUGGAAGAACAACAAAAUAAAAAGAAAACAAAUAAACCAAACAACAAAAAAUGAACGAAAAGAGAUACGUAAGAAAAUGAUUCCAAUGAAAUGAAACGUUUAUUCAAUCGUAUCAAAAUUUUGGUUUUUUUUUUUAAAUCUUGAUAAUACAUAUUAUUUUUUAUCCUCGAUUUAAACUAGGCAAGCUCAUAUAUUAUAGUUCUAAAUAAUAGGUCAUCGAGAUAAGAAAUAACGUGCUCUUCUUCUUUUCUUUUUUAUUGUUUUUUUUUUUUUCAAAGAUUAAAAUGUUCCACGAAAUCGUGCAUCGGCGACGCGUUCGAUAUUGAAAAUCGCUUCUCCAGCUGUAAAUAAACUUUCCCCGACAAAGAUAUACGUCGUACAAUACCGACAAAAGGAAGAGCACGGAUAUAUAUAUAUAUAUAUAUAUAAGAGAAGAGAUAUUUUAGCGAGUGCGCGCGCGUGCAACCGAGAACGUGGUAUAUAUAUACGCUCAUGUCCUCAAUUUCACAAACGUAUGGCAUAGAUUCGUGAUUUCUCUCUGCGAGCUAAUCGGCGAAUUCUCAUUGAAGAAUCAUCCUCAGAUAAUAUCUUUUUUUUUUUUGAGGACAUCAUUUUUCUUUUCAUAUUUUUGCUAAUAUGAAAUUUCUUUUUUUUAAUUGAAGUAUAAAUAUUUUUCGUUUGACUUUUGAGUUUGUCGUUUAAAUUUGACUUCUUUUAAAAACUCGC